AAACAGUCCGUGCUGCGCAUGCGCUGAAACCGUCCGUCGCAGAAACUUUUGGGAAAUAUAAAUAAAGAAUUAGCGAUCACAGCAUUACCAUCAACUAGAGUAAUUAGCAAAGCGUGUCGUUAUUCUUUAUUCUUAAAAAGUCAUUUCAAUGGCUGGUAAAAAGAAGGAGAUCAGUUUACAGGUAAAUAUCAAUACUGACGAUCAAUGGAGUGAAAUGUUGUCAACGAAAGGGUUAAUAGUGGUCGAUGUGUACCAGCAGUGGUGUGGACCCUGCCGCGCCGUCAUCAGUCUGUUCAGAAAAAUCAAGAAUGAGCUGGGAGACGAGCUGCUGCAUUUUGCCACAGCUGAGGCUGAUGGGAUUGAAGCUCUGGAGAAGUACAGAGGGAAGUGUGAGCCCACCUUUCUGUUUUAUGCGGGUGGGGAGCUGGUGUCUGUUCUGCGGGGGCCAAACGCUCCUCUCCUGCAGAGGCUGAUACAGGAAGAGCUGAGCAAAGAGAAGAACGUCCUAGAACACGGGGCGGCACGCAGGGCGGUGACAGACGAAGGUUUAACUGAGGAAGAAGAGGUGAAUGAGGAUCACCCACAUGAUGAAGAUGUGAAUGUUCCUGCUAAUGAGUCUUGCACAGUGGCGAUAAUAAAGCCAGAUGUGGUGGCACACGGCAGAGCAGAUGAGAUUAUCAUGAAGAUUCAGGAUGCGGGUUUUGUGAUUUUGGCCCAUGAGGAGAGAACGCUGAGUGAAGCAGAAGCUCAAGACUUCUAUCAGCACAAAGCCGCAGAGCCUUAUUUUCAGGAGCUCAUCCAGUUUAUGUCGAGCGGCCCGUCGCAUGUCCUGCUCAUUUCUAAGACGGAGGGCUGUGAGGACGUCAUCCCAGCCUGGCGGGAAUUCAUCGGUCCACCGGAUGUCGAAGAGGCCAGGAGGACGCAGCCGGAGAGCUUGCGGGCUCAGUACGGCACCGAGACUCUUCUGAACGCUCUCCACGGCAGCAGUGACAGCGAGCAGGCCAGCAGGGAGCUGGCGUUCUUCUUCCCCAGCUUCAGGAUGGCGAUGGCGGACUCGAGCUCGGAGCGGGCCGGGCCGGAACAGGGGCAUGUGGAGAGGACGCUGGCGCUCAUCCGUCCAGACGCUGCCAGGGAAAACAGAGAGGAGAUUCUGGGCCGGAUCCAUGAAGCAGGAUUCACAGUGGCCAUGCAGAGAGAGCUCAUGCUGUCUGAGGAUCAGGUCAGGCAGUUCUACAGCGAUCAUCUGGAGCAGGAAUACUUCCCCAGCCUGCUGGAGAGCAUGACCAGCGGGCCUGUGUUAGCAUUAGCGCUAGUGAAGGAGCGAGCCGUGGAGCACUGGAGGAACAUCCUGGGACCCAAAGACCCCAUCCAGGCUAAGACUGAGCAACCCAACAGUCUGCGAGCCCAGUUUUCCUCUGGCAGCUCCAGUAUUAAUCAGCUUCACGGCAGCGGAAGCUCAGAGGAGGCGGAGAGGGAGAUCGGCUUCUUCUUCCCACCGGAGGACACGCUCGCCAUCAUUAAACCUGACACGCAACACAAGGAGGAAAUCCUGGAGGAGAUUCGGGCCAGAGCAUUCACCAUCUCCCAUCUGAAGGACACGGUUCUGUCCAGAGAGAUGGCGGAAGAGUUUUAUAAAGAGCACCGAGACAAACCUUUCUUCAGUCAGCUGGUGGAUUACAUGUGUCGCGGCCCGUGCACGAUGAUGGUUCUGACGAAGGAGAACGCGGUGGAGGAGUGGAGGGCGGCCAUGGGCCCGAUGGACCCCAGCGAGGCGAGACAAAUGGCCCCGGAGUCUCUGAGAGGGCGCUUCGCUAAAGACAUGCUGGAGAACGCCGUCCACGGAUCCUCCAACACUCAACACGCACACCAGAAGAUACAGUUCAUCUUUGGAGACAUCAGCUCUGAGAGCGUGAUCAUCGACGGAGCCGCUUCUCCUCUGUUAGAAACAGAGGAGAGCUUUGCAGAGCUCAAGAAUCUACAAGCUUCCAGAUCUCCAUCAUCUGAUGACGUGAGGAACCAGACAGAGCCGAGCUCAACAGAAGCUGCUGAAGAAAUGAAGCCGGAGACGACAGAGAGUCAGCCAGCUUCUUCUGAUGAGACUGAAGCACUAGAGAUGCCCACAUCCAGCCCGCAGGACACAGUAGCAACCAUGACAGAACACCGGACCUAAUACAAGGAUGACAGAGGCUGCGGAUCGACUGUGGUGUCUCCGGCAGGGUGGCCGGCCUUUGGAGAGGUAUGUGGAGGAUUUCCUCAAGCUGUCUCACCGGGUGAGCUGGCACAACGCUGCACUCGGUGCUUGUUUUCAGUUGGGGCUGGAUGAAGAUACGAUCUGCUGUGAUCUCCCCAUGUGUGAUUUUUUUUUUUUUCUUGAUCGAGCUGAUUAUUCUUUUCCUCCUAUUUAAAUGGUUCUGAUUUUGAAGUAGAAUUUAAAGUCUCCUCAUCCAGCCCCUUCUGGAACACACCAUGUCUCACCAGCUCACCCCAUGCCAGGAACCCCCACAUACCUAACCAAGGGUUCUGACCACCUGUCACCUUCGAGGUAUCCCCGAGGCCGUAGACGGAGGUCUGAACGGGCACCCCACGUCCCAGUCGGGCAGGGCCGCACUCCUUUCGACUUCCCUUUUCCUUACACUCCAGUGUCAGCUCCAGCCCCUGAGUCCGCUCCAGUGUCAGCUCCAGCCCCUGAGUCCGCUCCAGUGAGGGGCCUCAGAUCCCGAGUAUAGCCCAGAGAGGGCUCCUGUUUCCAAAUCCAGACCAGAGAGGACUUUUGUUUCCAUGUCAGGCCCAGGGAGGGCCUCAGUUCCCGAGUUCGACCCAGAGAGGCCUUCAGUUCCCAAUGCAGCCCAGUGAGGGCUUCUGUUCCCGAGUCCGGCCCAGAGAGUGCUUCUGUCCCCCCCCAAAAAAAAACUGGGGGUGGGGGGCACGUCUCUGACCAGAGUGGCCGAGGCAACCGCCUGCUCUGCCAUGGGUCCUGGAACGGGUACCGCCCUGGAGGCCUUCCCAAUAAUUAUUAUAAUGUUAUAUUUGCAAUAUAUGACAAAAAUAAUUACAAUGUUUAGCUAAGUCGUGCAGCCCUAUAUAUAAAUGAUAAAAAUAAAACAAAAUUUAAUCUUUUUUAUGUUUACUUGGAUGUCAUGUGACAAUUAACCAACAUCAAAGUCCAUAAACAUGCAAAUGUGUUGUUAAAUGACUGAAAACAUGAACUGGUGAAAUAAAAACUUCAAGUAAAUAUUUUAUGCCUAA